CCAGGGAGGAAGAAUAGCUGGAGAAUGAGAAUGUGGGAGAUAGUUGAGCCAGAUUUAGAAGAGAGAAAAGAGGAUAAGAGAGCUUAAGAUGGAGAACUGGAUGGAGGUGCUGGGAGAAGGGGCCUGGGAGCUGGGGAGGCCGGAGGAGGACGGUCAGGCCUUUCGGGGAAAGUGAUCUCUGAGAGAAGAAAAGGGCGAGAAUGGGAGAGGCACCGGGUUCAUAGAGGCCCUGUAAGAUCAAGCUUGAUUGGAUCAGGGGAGGCCACUCAGGCAUAGAGGCUGGCUCACAGUGAGGCCUGUCACGGCAGAAACUGUCAUUAGAGGUUCCUGUCUCCAGCACAGAGUUUUGCCCCCAUUUCUCUGUCCAACUCUGUUCCUCAUCCUGCUCUGGCUACCUCCCUCCUCUGGCUCUCCUUGAGAGCUGCCAGCUGGGUGUGACAAGAAAGAAAGGCCGAAGGGAAGGUUAGGAUUUGGGGAAUUGGAGAGCAGAGCAAGAUUCUGUGGGUGAGGGCAAGAUUAGAGAGGUUGGAGAGGCGGGAGUCCAAGCCCUUGCUGUGUGUGUGUGAGUGCAAUUGUGUGUGUACACAGGGUGUGUACAUGUGUGGGUGUAUGCACAAUGCCUGUGUUACGGGUCUGUGUAGGUGGCUGUUAUGUGUGUGCAUGCGUGUAUACAUCAUGCAGGGAUGGGACAUGGAGACCCAGGAUCGCACUGUAUCCUUAUCAGGUUGGCUCUGUGUGUACACAGUGUGUGCUGUGUUUUCUGUAUGUGUCGCUGCAUGAAGCACUAAUAAGGAGAUGUCUUGUGUUUCUGUCACUCUGCCCCCUUUUCCUAUGUGUCUCUGCUAUUCUUUUCUUUGCAGCAUUGAGAAUCUUUGUAAGUAUGUGUGUAUGUGACUUAUGUGUGAGUUCAUGGAUCUUAGUUUCUGGCGAUAUGUAUAAGGUUAUAUUACUUCCAAGAAUCAAGCAAACCAAUUAGCAAAUCCGUUCUCUUUUUGUGAAUUCUGUAGUUCCAAAGCAAAAUUUUAGUGGAUUUAAAGUUAGACUUCAUGUCUUUCUUAGAGGAGCUAGCAUAUGAAAAUAAUGGCUGAGCUAGGUUCCCUGGAGUGAGAGUGAGGCAGCCAUACCUGAGAAAUGCAGAGACUAGGAAAAAGAUAGCCUGCACCCUUUGAAGCACGGUUGAGUGUGUAACAGAAGGAUAAGUAAUGCCUUUGCUUCUUGGUUUUUUGUUAUUCUGGUAGCAGUCACGGAGUCAGGGAAGGGCUGGGGGAGAAAAAGGGGUUGUCCUGAGACAGAGCGGAUGUGGUUGUACUUUUCCUGUGAAUGAAGGAUGUUCGCGCUUUUGGGAUAUGGGGACACCUCGAUGUCAUCAGAUCCAUGGUGUACUCAAGCAUGUAUCUUAGAAGUUAAACUGGCUUCCCCUGUGUGGGGGCCAUGUGUAUGUCUCAGGGUUAAAUGUCCAUCUCUGCAGUGUGCUGCCCACAUGAUUCCCCGGGGGACUCGGGCCACGCAUCCACACCAGCAGCUCUCGUGGGUGCGGGGUUCAAGUAUGUACUCUCCUGUUGCAGUGCUCACAUAUGUCUAAGCAUGUAUCCCGUGGGGUCUGUGAGCCUCAGGGUCUCAGAAUGUGGAUCCGUGGCGCCCCAAUGCUCACAGUUGUCUGUGUGUCUCAUAAGCACCUAGAUCCCCAUUUAUUUUUGUAUUGUGGUUCUCACAUGUGUACCCCCACAGCUCAGUGUAUGUUUCUGUGCUCUACACAUGUGUUCCCGAGGGACUGACAAGGGUUCUUGUGUCAUGGGAUCCACAUUUUUGUGUGCAGACCUCCUAACACCUGGGUUUUAGAGGCAGAGGGAAGCUGGGGACUGAUUCUAGGGAAGUUUGCGGGAGAUUUGCAAUUCUGGAAGCAAACAGUGAAAAUGUAGCUGUGGCUCUUCCUUGUUCUGGAACCUAGAGGGUUAACAGGCAGCUCUUCCGGUCCACCCGCCCCCCAAGCCUGUAGCUUCUUGUUGCCGUGGAGAUGGUAGCCCCGCCCCUGAUGCAGUACCUGCCCCCCCAUUGGCUGCAGUGGUGACUGUGGGGCUGAGGGGGGAGCCCAGGCCUGGGCAGCCAUUCUGGAGCUGGAGCCGGAGCUUGGCAUCCCCCCACUUUCAUUCUCCUCUAGCCCCUCGGCCCCUCUAAAUUCCCUGGCAGCACAGCCUCAGCUUCCCACCUCGGAGCUGCCACCCCUCUAGACUCUUGGCAGUCUGAGCUUCAUCCGCAUUCACCUCCCCCCCACCCUCACUUGGGAGUCCCCGAGCCUCCACUGCCCAUCCUCCCCACUCCCCUGCAUUCUUCUUUUUUCCCUUUCCCCCCCUUCCCUUCUGAGUCCCUGCCACUGCAGUGCACGUGGAACCCACCCUUCCUCCCCUCCCCCCAUCUGCCCCUUCCUUGAAUUUUCUGUCCCCAGGCUUCUUCCCCUGCUACUCCUCACAGGUCCCUUCCAAGACUUCCCCCUCCAGUCCAGGGAGGGGGUCAUGGGAGGCAGCCCUGGCCCUCCAGACAGACAGGGAUUCCAGGAAGGGAGAGCAGGUGGAAGAUGUGCCCAGCUAAGAGAAGAGGAAAGCCUGCUUAUGGGCAAUGACCUUUAACCCAACUCCCCCCCCCCCCCCAGCUGGCCCCUUCCUGGGGGGGUGAGCACCAAGGACCUAGCUUCUGUGGACUUUUGGUAUCCUUUAUUACUGGGGUUUUACUGACCCUCUCAGCCAUGCCCCUCUGCUGACUGCCAGUCCCAGUCAUGGGCCUAAGGCCUCCCACCCCGUCCCCCUCCGGGGGCUCCGGCUCGGGUUCCUUGCCCCCUCCUUCCCGCCGCCAGCCUCUCAGCCGCCGCUGCUCUUCCUGCUGCUUUCCGGGGGAAUACCACUUGGGUCGCUCGAGGAGGAAGAGCGUCCCAGGGGGGAAGCAGUACAGCAUGGAGGCCGCCCCCGCUGCACCCUUCCGGCCCUCGCAAGGCUUCUUGAGCCGGAGGCUAAAAAGCUCCAUCAAACGCACGAAGUCACAACCCAAACUUGACCGGACCAGCAGCUUUCGCCAGAUCCUGCCUCGCUUCCGAAGUGCUGACCAUGACCGGGCCCGGCUGAUGCAGAGCUUUAAGGAGUCGCACUCUCAUGAGUCCUUGCUGAGUCCUAGCAGUGCGGCUGAGGCCUUGGAGCUCAACUUGGAUGAAGAUUCCAUCAUCAAGCCAGUGCAUAGCUCCAUCCUGGGCCAGGAGUUCUGUUUUGAGGUAACAACGUCAUCAGGAACAAAAUGUUUUGCCUGUCGUUCUGCGGCCGAAAGGGACAAAUGGAUCGAGAAUCUACAACGGGCAGUAAAACCCAACAAGGACAACAGCCGCCGGGUGGACAAUGUGUUGAAGCUGUGGAUCAUAGAGGCCCGGGAGUUGCCCCCUAAGAAGCGGUACUACUGUGAGCUCUGCCUGGACGACAUGCUGUAUGCCCGCACCACCUCCAAGCCCCGCUCAGCCUCAGGGGACACCGUCUUCUGGGGCGAGCACUUUGAGUUUAACAACCUGCCAGCGGUCCGUGCCCUGCGGCUGCAUCUCUACCGUGACUCAGACAAAAAGCGCAAGAAGGACAAGGCGGGCUAUGUCGGCCUGGUGACUGUGCCCGUGGCCACCCUAGCUGGGCGCCACUUCACAGAGCAGUGGUACCCUGUAACCCUGCCAACAGGCAGCGGGGGCUCCGGGGGCAUGGGGGGCUCAGGAGGGGGAGGGGGCUCAGGGGGUGGCUCAGGGGGCAAGGGCAAAGGAGGUUGCCCAGCUGUGCGGCUGAAAGCACGUUACCAGACAAUGAGUAUCCUGCCCAUGGAGCUGUAUAAGGAGUUUGCAGAGUAUGUCACCAACCAUUAUCGGAUGCUGUGUGCAGUAUUGGAGCCUGCCCUGAAUGUCAAGGGCAAGGAGGAGGUUGCCAGUGCACUGGUUCACAUCCUGCAGAGUACGGGCAAGGCCAAGGACUUCCUUUCGGACAUGGCCAUGUCUGAGGUGGACCGGUUCAUGGAACGGGAGCACCUCAUAUUCCGCGAGAACACGCUCGCCACUAAAGCCAUAGAAGAGUACAUGAGACUGAUUGGUCAGAAAUACCUCAAGGAUGCCAUUGGGGAAUUCAUCCGUGCUCUGUAUGAGUCUGAGGAGAACUGUGAGGUGGACCCCAUCAAGUGCACGGCGUCCAGUCUGGCAGAGCACCAGGCCAACCUGCGAAUGUGCUGUGAGUUGGCCCUGUGCAAGGUGGUCAACUCCCAUUGCGUGUUCCCGAGGGAGCUGAAGGAGGUGUUUGCAUCUUGGCGACUGCGCUGCGCAGAGCGGGGCCGGGAGGACAUCGCUGACAGGCUGAUCAGCGCCUCACUCUUCCUGCGCUUCCUCUGCCCAGCCAUUAUGUCGCCCAGUCUCUUUGGGCUCAUGCAGGAGUACCCAGAUGAGCAGACCUCACGAACCCUCACCCUCAUCGCCAAGGUCAUCCAGAACCUGGCCAACUUUUCCAAGUUUACCUCAAAGGAGGACUUUCUGGGAUUCAUGAAUGAGUUUCUGGAGCUGGAGUGGGGUUCCAUGCAGCAGUUCCUGUACGAGAUCUCCAACCUGGACACGCUGACCAACAGCAGCAGCUUUGAGGGUUACAUCGACUUGGGCCGAGAGCUCUCCACACUGCAUGCCUUGCUCUGGGAGGUGCUACCCCAGCUCAGCAAGGAAGCCCUCCUGAAGCUGGGCCCGCUGCCCCGGCUCCUCAAUGACAUCAGCACAGCUCUGAGGAACCCCAACAUCCAAAGGCAGCCAAGCCGCCAGAGCGAGCGGCCCCGGCCUCAGCCUGUGGUGCUGCGGGGUCCGUCAGCCGAGAUGCAGGGCUACAUGAUGCGGGACCUCAACAGCUCCAUCGACCUUCAGUCCUUCAUGGCUCGAGGCCUCAACAGCUCUAUGGACAUGGCUCGCCUCCCCUCCCCAACCAAGGAAAAGCCACCCCCACCGCCUCCUGGUGGGGGGAAAGACCUGUUCUAUGUCAGCCGUCCGCCUCUGGCCCGCUCCUCGCCAGCAUACUGCACGAGCAGCUCGGACAUCACAGAGCCAGAGCAGAAGAUGCUGAGUGUCAACAAGAGUGUCUCCAUGCUGGAUCUGCAGGGCGAUGGGCCUGGCGGCCGCCUCAACAGCAGCAGUGUGUCCAAUCUGGCGGCUGUUGGGGACCUGCUGCACUCGAGCCAGGCCUCCCUGACAGCGGCCCUGGGGCUGCGGCCUGCACCUGCUGGGCGCCUCUCCCAGGGGAGUGGCUCGUCCAUCACUGCGGCUGGCAUGCGCCUCAGCCAGAUGGGCGUCACCACGGACGGUGUCCCUGCCCAGCAACUGCGCAUCCCCCUCUCCUUCCAGAACCCUCUCUUCCAUAUGGCUGCUGAUGGGCCAGGCCCCCCAGGAGGCCACGGAGCGGGUGCUGGCCACGGCCCACCUUCCUCCCAUCACCACCAUCACCACCACCACCACCACCGAGGUGGAGAGCCCCCAGGAGACACCUUCGCCCCAUUCCAUGGCUAUAGCAAGAGUGAGGACCUCUCCUCAGGGGUCCCCAAGCCCCCCGCUGCUUCCAUCCUUCACAGCCACAGCUACAGUGAUGAGUUUGGACCCUCUGGCACUGACUUCACCCGUCGGCAGCUCUCACUCCAGGACAACCUGCAGCACAUGCUGUCCCCUCCCCAGAUCACCAUUGGUCCCCAGAGGCCCGCCCCCUCAGGGCCUGGAGGUGGGAGUGGUGGUGGGGGCAGUGGUGGGGGUGGCGGGGGCCAGCCGCCUCCGUUGCAGAGGGGCAAGUCUCAGCAGUUGACAGUCAGCGCUGCCCAGAAACCCCGGCCAUCCAGCGGGAAUCUAUUGCAGUCACCGGAGCCGAGUUACGGCCCUGCCCGUCCACGGCAACAGAGCCUCAGCAAGGAGGGCAGCAUUGGGGGCAGCGGGGGCAGCGGUGGCGGAGGGGGUGGGGGGCUCAAGCCCUCCAUCACCAAGCAGCACUCUCAGACGCCAUCCACGCUGAACCCCACGAUGCCAGCCUCCGAGCGGACGGUGGCCUGGGUCUCCAAUAUGCCUCACCUGUCAGCUGACAUCGAGAGUGCCCACAUUGAGCGGGAAGAGUACAAGCUGAAGGAGUACUCAAAGUCGAUGGAUGAGAGCCGGCUGGACAGGGUGAAGGAGUACGAGGAGGAGAUCCACUCACUGAAGGAGCGGCUGCACAUGUCUAACCGGAAGCUGGAAGAGUAUGAGCGGAGGCUGCUGUCCCAGGAAGAACAGACCAGUAAAAUCCUGAUGCAGUAUCAGGCCCGGCUAGAGCAGAGCGAGAAGAGGCUGAGGCAGCAGCAGGUGGAGAAGGACUCGCAGAUCAAGAGCAUCAUUGGCAGGCUGAUGCUGGUGGAGGAGGAGCUGCGCCGGGACCACCCCGCCAUGGCUGAGCCGCUGCCUGAACCCAAGAAGAGGCUGCUCGACGCUCAGGAGAGGCAGCUUCCCCCCUUGGGUCCAACAAACCCGCGUGUGACGCUGGCCCCACCUUGGAACGGCCUGGCCCCCCCAGCCCCGCCCCCCCCACCCCGGCUGCAGAUCACCGAGAACGGCGAGUUCCGAAACACCGCAGACCACUAGCCCACCCAGCAUCACAGACCUUCUUCCCCUCCCCAUGCACCCCACCCUGGAACAGCACCAACCACCAGGACUGGACGUCGCCGAGGGACAGCGGGAUUGCCUCCCUAAAUGCCUCCUUGGGGGGCACCAAUCCCCCACCCCCACCGCACCAUUUCCAGGAGGGAGAGUGGGGACCCUUAGCUGCCCCCUUUUCCUUCCUGUUGGGGUGCUGCCCCCUGUGACCCCCAGGGACCCUUGCCCCAGGACACCACCUACCCCACACAGACCCCUUCACUCCGGGGUGCUAUCCCCAUCCUCUGCCUCAUCGUUCCCCUGAGCACUGGGGGACAGACCCUCGCCCCCACCCUGGGGGUGCGGCACCUCCAAACUUUCAACUUCAGGGUGAUUUUUUAGCAGUAACCAGAGCUGACAAUCUAACUCCCCUCCACCGCCCCAUUUUGGCCUCCCCUGUCCCCCUUGUUAUGGGGAGGGGACCCCGGGUGAGGGGGCCCUAUUACCCCUUGAUUUCUCAGGAGCGUCUGGGGGGGCUCAGCACGCACAAACUCCUUCUCCUCCUACCACUCUUAAAUUUACUCCCUCCCCACCCAGAACCCAGAUGGGGUGGAGGGGCCACCGGGGCAGGGAGGGGGCGGCAAGGGGGGAAUGGGAGUUGUCUCCCCUUCCUCCCACACCUGAUCUGCUCUUGGCUGGUCCCAGAGCGGGGUGAGGGGGCUUAUGCCCCCCCCUCCCCCAGUGUGUUGGGUGGGGUGGAAUUGAGGUUAGGGUGAAGGGUUAGGGUUUAGGAGGGUGUGUAUGUUGGGGAGGACAGACUAGUUGAUCUGCCCUACCCUAACACAUACAGUCCCCCCUGCCCCUCCCCUCUCUCUUCUUGGUCUCUACUCCCAGGGGGAGGGGGGAACUUACUCUAGGAAAAGCCAUGUCUCUCUCCCCCAGGGUGGGGGGACCUGUGUUGGGGGGGGGGGGGUUGGGGGCCCCCUUCCAUGACUCUGUCCCCCUGGGGGGAGGCAGGACAGGGCUGGGCUUCCCUCUCAUCCUCCCCCCCUCCCCAAUCUCCCUCCACCUCCCUCCUUCCCUCCCGCCAGCUCCACAAUUUUUCGGUGUUUCUCUGUAUAUAGCUCUCUGGCGGGAUAGGGGAGGUAGGAUGGAUGGGGUUUGGGGUGGGUAGGUCAUGGGAGGGGUGAAGCCCCUCCUUGGCACCCCCUCUUCCCUGACUGCUGUCCCCUACCCAGCCUUGCCCCCUCAUCCCUUCUUGCGUUUGGUAUUGAGACUCUGUUCCCAGACUCCACCCUUCUUUCUUUUGUAUGGACAGUUCCCCUUCAGUCCCAUUCCCCUACACACAUACACCCAGCCGGGGCCAAGUUUAUACUUAUAUAAAAGUUGUAAAUAUGUGAUAUUUUAUCCCUGUGCCCUUUCCUUGCUUUCCCAACCCCAGACCCUACCCCUGAACCCCCUCCCUCCUCUCUUCUUUGGCUGUUGUAAUUAUCUGGGAUUUGUACUGUACAUAUCCGGGGUGUGUGUGUGGGGGCUGGGGGCAACCCCUCUGUACAGAGCUUCCUGGCCCCCUCCCCUCCACGCUUCCCUCUCUCCCACCCCCCUAAGGGUAGGGAGAUGCUCUUCCUACCUGUUUUAUUUUGUUUUCUCGUUCUCCCUCCCCACCCCACCCCACUCCCAGCCUUCUCUAUCCCCCCUCACUGUCCCUUUUUCUCCACUCCCAGCCCCAUUUCCUUUUUUUCUGGAGUGUGUGGUGAAACAGAAAAAUCAUGUUUAAUAAACGGAGAUUGUUCUUUUA